GUCGCUCGAUGUGAGUUAGCUGAGCAAGCAGAAUGGGCACGUGGCGCCAAACACUCGAUAUUAAAGCAUAGCGGCGGCAAUAGUUUGAACUGCUGGCUACAGCUUACAGCUGGAUACAGUGGUGGGCAGCCAGUGCGGGUAGUGCCGCCCCGGUUCUUCGUUUCGAUGGCCGCUGUGUAGCAUUUUCGUUCUAGCGUUUCUAUCAAGCCCUAUUUUGUGUUCGUAGGAAAUUUACUUGACUAACCUUUGACCGCGGGAAUACGCGUUACAAUGCUGGACCUCGAAGAGAACUGCUUCUUCGAGGAAGAUAAGAUGCUCCCCCCAGGUGCAUGCUAGGUCUAGGGAGGAGUACGCCUACCACCUGAUCCCCACCCAGGACCCAGAUGAAAUGGAAGACUCCAUGGGCAUGACGGUGACCUCUGGGAGCGUGGUGAUUCAAAAGGACGAUAGCAACCUGAUAGGCAUCAGCAUUGGAGGAGGAGCACCCCUUUGCCCCUGCCUGUACGUAGUACAAGUGUUUGACAACACCCCUGCUGCACGAGACGGCACACUGCAGUCUGGUGAUGAGAUAGUCGGCGUCAAUGGCUCGGCGGUUAAGGGCAAGACUAAGGUGGAAGUGGCCAAGAUGAUACAGGGAGUCAAGCACCAGGUGACCAUAAACUAUAAUAAGCUGCAUGCAGAUCCAAAACAGGGCAAGACUCUGGACAUCGUGCUCAAGAAAGCCAAGCAUCGCAUGGUAGAGAACAUGAGCUCGACUACGGCAGAUGCCCUGGGCCUGAGCAGGGCCAUCCUCUGCAAUGACAGCCUGGUAAAAAAGUUGGAGGAACUUUCUCGGAAUGAGCAUAUCUACAAGGGACUGAUGGAACACACGCAUCAUAUGCUCAAGGCCUUCUUCGAAAUCUGUCAUGUCUAUCGAGCGUUCGGCGACGUGUUCGCCGAGAUCGGUGUGCGAGAACCACAGCCCCGAGCGAGCGAGGCAUUCACACGUUUCGGAGAAGCACACAGGAGCAUUGAGAGGUAUGGCAUCAAGCUGUUGAAGACUGUGCGACCUAUGCUCAGCGACCUCAACACAUAUCUCCACAAGGCUGUGCCAGACACAAAGCUCACCAUCAGAAAGUAUGCGGAUGCCAAGUUUGAAUACCUGUCCUACUGCCUCAAAGUGAAGGAAAUGGACGAUGAAGAAUAUGCUUACCAAGCUCUACAGGAGCCGCUCUACAGGGUGGAGACUGGAAACUAUGAGUACAGAUUGAUCUUGCGUUGCCGUCAGGACGCCCGUGUGAGGUUUGCAAAACUCCGCUCGGACGUUCUGGUGAAGCUGGAGCUUCUUGACCAGAAGCACGUGCAAGACAUAGUGUUCCAGCUGCAGCGUCUGGUGGCAGCCCUGUCACAGUACCACAAUGACUGUCAUGCUGUCAUGAAGACCACCACGAUAUUCCCCAUUGAGGUGGACCUGUCCCGCUCUACAUUCCACUAUCCUGACCCUUCUGUCAGCCCCUACCAAGAUGAAGAUCCCGACGAUGAUGAAGAGUUGCUGCAGGCGAGGGAAGCCCUCGAAAUGAGCGAUUCCACUAAGGACUCCUUCCUUAUUGGAGACUGAAGAAGAUGUGAAUUGCAUCAUACCUGGUGCACGGGAUGCAUUGUGGAGUAAAUAACUGCCCUCUUCUAGUCACCCAUAUUUGGGCUCUCCAUUAACAUUAAAGGGGUUCACAAAAAAAAAUGUGUUCUCUAAUUCUGGACAAUUUUGCUGUUGGAGUAUGUUGAGCUUGUUCAUAAACCAUUCCCAAAAUGG